AUGACCCCAGGACACUUGGUUCGAAUUGGGCCGACCACACUGCUCACCGAUGACCCGGACAUCAUCCGGCACAUGAACAACGCCCGCAGUAAACAUGCCAAAACCGACUGGUAUACGUUCAUGAGACUCAACCCGUACAUCGACAAUAUUUUCUCCGAGCGAGACCUAGCGAAACACGAUCAACUGCGAGCGACUAUGGAACCAGCGAACAGGGCGUGUCAAUUCUUUACCCUUGAUGUCAUUACCGAUAUGGCCUUCGGAGAGCCGUUUGGGUAUCUCGCCACCGACCAAGACUUGCAUGGCUAUCAUACCACUUUUGCUGCAGAGGCACCCAUGAUCUCGGUGAUUAAUUCCAUGCCAACUUUGUGUCGUUUUAUGAACCGUGACUUUGUCAAGAAGCUGUGGGGUCCAAGCACUAAAGAUGAGAAGGGUAUUGGGGAGCUUAUGGCAAUGGCCGAGUCAACGGUCAAGAAAAGAAUUGAGUCGGGCAAGAACGAACAGGAUAUGCUUGGAUCGUUCUUGAAUCAUGGCAUGUCUGUCGCACAAGCCGAGGCUGAGAUCUUGACCCAACUUUCUGCCGGAACCGACUCCAACUCCGCGGCACUUCGAGGAACGCUGCUGCAUAUUUUCACUUCCCCGCCAGCAUACAACAAACUCCGCGCUGAGAUCGACGAAGCAACCCGAAGCGGCAGGGUUUCCCCACAGGCAACCGCGGCAGAGGUGGCUGGGCUGCCGUACCUUGAUGCCUGUAUUUGCGAGGGGAUGCGCAUUUGGCCUCCUUUCGCGGGGCUCAACAUCAAGCAAGUCAACAAGGGUGGAGAGGUCAUCAAGGGUAAGUUCAUUCCCGGCGGGACGGGCAUCGCAACCUCUUUCUGGAGGUUCCAACGCAACCCUGUCUUUGGCGAGGAUGUGGAAACCUUCCGACCGGAGCGUUGGCUUAAGGCCACCUCUGAAGAGAGGGCUCGGAUGGAGAAGGUCAACGACCUUGUUUUUGGAUACGGGAGAUGGCUGUGUUUGGGACGACAGAUGGUAGUCAUGGAAAUGAAGCAGGUCAUCGUCGAGCUUUUGCGACACUUUGGUUUUUCGAUCUACAGUCCUACCAAUCCUUGGACUGUGAAGAGCUAUGUGUUCAUGCUGAUUCAGGACAUGCAAGUGACCAUUACACGUCGUGCUUAG